GCGACGGAAAUGCGUCACUCGCGGUGGCCGCGGGAAGGCGCCCGGCGCGCCUCCAGCAUGGCGGCACUGCGGGCGCUGCGGGCGGCGAGGCAGCGGCUGCCGGGGCUCGGCCCGGCGGGGCUCAGGGCGUUCUGGGGCGGCCGCAGCAGGAAGGAGGAGAAAGACGUGGAAGCAGACGGAGCAGCUCCUGAGAAGGAGGAGAGGAGUGAGUGCAGCCUGAUCUGCCCCCCGGCGCGCAGCCGGAGCUACCUCCCUCCCGAGAACCUGCGGACCUGCCUCGAGUCCCACGUCAGGGAGGUCUUUGGGCCGUGUGUCCCCGAGGACUGGCAGCAGACUCCCUUGAGGGAGACCAGGCUGAAGCAUCGCCUGCUGGCCCAGCUGGCCGCAGAGCUGGGCCACGCUGUGCCCAACUCGCGGCUGCACCAGCUGCGCCGCGCCGGGGACGUGCUGGGUUUCUAUCGCACCCCCGUGAAGGACGGGACCAAGUUCGAUGAACUCGCGGCCGCAGAGCUUCCCCCGAACCUGAAAAUCAUCUGGCAGCAGUGAGUCCCCGUGGAGCGUCCCCGUGCCUGGCUUGUGCUGCAGGGCAGCAGCAGAGCCCUCCCGCUGGGGUGAGGUCUGUGAAUUUCACUAAUAAAGAUUCACUGAACUGUG